AUCCAAUUGUUAUGUACAGCACAAGACUAACCAACCUUUGUGAGAGUAGAUAGAAUGCUAAUUUUUUCUCAAAUAAUUGAUUUUAUUUACAGAUGCGUGAAGAUGACCGUGUGGCCAUUCAUGAGGCCAUGGAGCAACAGACCAUCUCAAUUGCCAAAGUAAGAAGUAAUUCUUUUUUCUUUGUUUAUGCAAGUGUAGUCCAUAGAGUUUCACCACUUUUAUUGUUGUUGUUACCUGAAUAAUUCAUUAUUAUUUUUCUUGAUGUUUAGGCUGGAAUUACCACAACAUUGAACUCAAGGUGCUCUGUGCUAGCGGCAGCAAAUUCCGUCUUUGGUCGCUGGGAUGAAACAAAAGGAGAGGAGGUGAGGGCAUUAAUUUUGUAGUUAGCCUUUACUUUUGCAGCUGUGUUUUGGUGAUCCCAUGAAAAUAGAUCAUCAUUCUUUUUUGUCUUUAGAACAUAGACUUCAUGCCAACUAUAUUGUCCCGUUUUGAUAUGAUCUUCAUUGUGAAGGAUGAACAUGAACAGAGCAAAGACAUGGUGAGUUAUUUUGUCAGAAGUCAGUUAUAUAUAAAGGAAAUUAUGAAUAAUUAUGUCUUGUUGGUGUUCAGAUGAAGAUACGGAUAAACUCUUUUGCUAUUUUUAGUUGACUGUGUGACACAUUGUGAAAAUAAUGAGAUCUCAACAUCUUAAGAUUUUUUCCGUUUCAGCCAUCCUCCCAUCAUCAGUCCACCCACCCCCCAUCACAUGCACACACAUUAAGACAGAAUCCAUCAGUAAGUUUCAUUUUCAGUGGACAAAAACCUGUACCACAAUAAUCUAAACCAUAUUACACUUGGCAAGGGCUAUAGAUAUAAUUAGUUAGUUAUUUGUAAUAACACCAAAGACAAUAAGAAAUUAAGAAAUUAUUUCUUAAUGGGAGUCUGAGAAAAUAAAUUUCAAAUUUUACAGGAAUUUAGAAACGUAGGUAUAAUUUCUUGUGCAAGAUUUCAUUUUGUGAAAUUUGAAAUAUAUUUUCUAGGCCUUCCAUAAGAAUUUUUUUUUUAGUGUUAUUAAAUAUACAUGUAAUAAUUUAUUUAUGUCACUAUCCACUUAUAAUUGGAAACCCCAUGAAAAGUCACGCAACUAAAUAAGGCACUUAUAAGUCAAAGUAAACCAACAAAUGGGUGGCGAAAUAUUUGGACGCAGGUCUGUGGCAGGCAGUUAGUAGCUUCAGGUUAUGCACACAAAUAACACAAAGCCUCACUUAUCUGCCCACUACCACAUGGGAUGGAUCGGGGAAGAUGAAGAAUAAGUGAUGAAGCUGAUGACGCCUUAAACAGCACCUUGAUAGGACAAAAUUUUGCAAAAAAUAAUGAUGAUGACUGUUAUAACAAAAGUGUUAUUUCACUCCCCUUUGAACAACUCACACUUAGUGAUAACUUGUCUGCUUUUGUCACACAGCACCUUGCAAAACAUGUGAUGCAAGUCCAUCUUAAUGCAGCUCAAACUGGACAAGCACAGGAGGGAGAACUGAGUCUGAACUUCUUAAAGAAGUACAUUGGCUACUGUCGCAAGUAAGAAUUCUUAAACAUUUUUGAAAACAAGGUUUCAAGGAUUUGGGUCUUGCAAGAUUUAAGUCAAAGUUCAAAGUGCUUAUUGUAUCAUAAUUUAUUAUUAAUUUUUUCAGCAAUGCUUAACAUGUCACUUUCUCCCUUAUUUGUGAAGUCAUUGUACCACUUGAUUUUCAUCCCCUAUUAUAAUCUUGCAUUCUAAAGUCUGCUAUAAAUCACAUAUGAUCUCUUUUGUUGCAGUAAAUGUGGUCCCAGGCUGUCUGAGGAAGCUGCACAGAUGCUGAAGAAUCGUUAUGUCUUAAUGCGAAGUGGGGCUCGAGAUUAUGAGCGAGAUGCAGAGAAGAAGAUUAACAUCCCCAUCACUGUUAGGUAAGAUUUUUCUAGAGCCUAAUUAAAGGGGUGACAGUACAAUGUCUUCUUUCUAUUUCCUGUACCUAAACCACCAAAACUUCUUUGCUAAAACAGGUUUUGAAGAAAAUUUGAAUUUUACCUUGCCGUUUGUACUAGCAUGGCUAAUAUUUUGCUUGCUUAGGGCAGGUAUCGGCAAGUGAUCAAUCAAGAAUAGUUACUUGCACUACAGGAAAAUCUAUGGACGGGACAUUUCUUGAGCACUGCAAAUUUUUCCCCCAAAAACCAUCUUAAGGAGGUCUUCAAAUUUUUCUGCCAUGGAAGCUUUGAAAGCCCACCCUGUUAACCCACCUUGGGUAUCCUGUGGCUCAUGCUUUGACCCUUAUAUGCUGCCUUUAAUUUAACACCAUUAUACACUAGAACUGCAUGUUUAUAAGUUCCUGUCACUGAUAAUUUAAUUAUCUUUCAGGCAACUAGAAGCAAUCAUCAGGAUUUCAGAGUCACUUGCUAAGAUGAGGUUACUGCCUUUUGCAACAGCAGCGCAUGUUGAAGAAGCCCUGAGACUGUUCCAGGUGUCAACGUUAGAUGCUGCCAUGUCAGGAAGCCUUUCAGGUAAAACAAAAUCUUGUAUUUGAGUGGGUACCAUUUUAAGAUAGCUUUAGAAGCUGAAAGCAAAGCACAUGGGCACAUAAAUCCCUUGUUCAUUCAGUCCACGCCUACUUGUCUUUCAUUCAGGGCAUUGUAGAGGCCUUGCAAGUGGGGGUAUGCUGUUUCUUUGUCCAUCAUUUCUGAGGCUACCUUUUGCUUGGUAGGUUAGGAAAAAAAGGCGCUGUCACAGUUUAUCAAGGACAAAAAUGUUGAUGUUGGUUUGGCAUAAAUUUUUAUGAUUCUCAAUUUGGAAUUCACAGCAGAUUACACAACUAGGGAAGAAUUAGUAACUGUUAUUAAACCUUCUGCCUCAGGAAGUGUUCUUGAACAAAUACCGUAAUUAGAAAAUGCUCUUAAAGAAAAUAACAGAAAAUGUUCAGAAGUAGCAGAAGAGAGUUUGUUACAGUACUUUGCAGCAGAAACAGCCAAAGUGCAAUAUUAAAGUGAACCGAAUGUCGUUUUCACUACUUAAACACGGAUUGUCAUUGUUACAAUUCAUUCCUCCUUUUCUGUUGAUUGUCAGUGCUUUCUGAGAGGACUGUCACCAGUUUUGGAGGCGAUGUCUACCCCUUGGAAGGCCUCAUUAUAAAAUUGUAUUGGAAAUUGAUUUGUAUUUUAACCCAGGAAAACUCAUGAAGAGCUUCUCGAGUUUUGUACUUUCUCAGUAAUUCUAAAUGUAGGAAGCCUGAUCUUUGAUUUGCUUUGACAAUGGCUAGCUCUUAGCAUUUGACUCUUCAUUGUAACUAACCCUUUCAACCAAUACCAUGGUGUUUUGCAUAAUUAUUAUUAGGAGCUGAGGAUUUUACUCCAGAGCAAGAUGUGGAAGAAGUCAGACAGAUUGAAAAGCAAAUCAAGAAGAGAUUUGCCAUUGGAACACAGGUGAAGUUAAAUAUUCUAUGGGAAGCAAAAGAUUUUACAGGUGUUUACUGCUUUGUGCAAUGAAACGUGACUUGCUAUGAUUUAGCUACCAAUAUGUAUAAAAGCACAUUGAUUUUACCAAUAAAUAAGGAAUGUGCUUGUGAUCAGGACUUGAGUGUGUGCAAGUCUCUCUGUGUGCUGUUAGCCCAAAACUGGCCAGAUCUAGAGAUAAUCAAGCAGUUGACACUUAUCUGUUGGUCUUGAAAUUAACUCCCAUUUACAACAAUAACAAGCUACCCAUAUAUCUAUUAUUAAUAUAAGCCUUCUAUUUUCAUAGGUGUCUGAGCAGAGAAUAAUUCAAGAUUUUGCAAAGCAGGUAAGCAAACAUUUAAAAGACUCUAGGUAUGAUUGCUGAUAAAAGCUAAGCCUAUUUUCCCCAGGGGAGUAGGCUAUUUUUUUUCCAUUAAUUGAAGAAAUUAAAGAAAUAUUCUUUCAAACCUUGUUGAUACAAUAUCGGUUACUUAACUCAAACCAUCAGCCUAUUGAAACUCUUGCUCUUCUUAAAAGUCAGCUCAAUGCUGAUAAAGGUAUGAAUGUUUUUAAAGAAUAGGAGUUCAGUUCAAUGUCCAUCCAGACAUGACAAAAUCAGUUUUCCCAGGUGGUUUAUUUGGAGAUUCCUUAAAGGCCAUUUCACGCUAUCUUUUUAAAAAGCUAAAACUUUAUUUGCAUCAAUUGAAUUCCAAAAAUAAUGGUCCAGUUUUGUUAUUGAAGACUUUAUUAAGGCUUUUAAACUGUUUCCUGUUGUCUGUUGCAAUGGAUGACAAGGAUGGACUUGGACUGAAACUUGAAAAAACCUUGGGCCAACUUUUUCAAGUUUUAAUGUCAUGCCUACAAAAAUCACCCCACAAAGAAUUUUUAUGGUCAGUGCUCCUUGGUAAAAUUUGUUUGAUAUCUUAUUCAAAGCUCAACAGGGGCAUUUUUUGCAGGGGGAAAGAAACACAUCACUAUUCCACACAUUUCAGCUGUAUAGGAAUUUAUACUGUAGGAGCUUUUUUAAAACCCCCAUGCUCUAACACUUUUGGUUUGACUCUGCUGCAGAAAUAUUCAGAGCGUGCCAUCCACACAGUAAUUUAUAUCAUGUUGAGAAGAGGAGAACUGGAGCAUAGGUUCCAAAGAAAAGUGCUGUACAGAGUCAAGUGA